AUGACUGACUUGUUAGCCCACGUAGUGCAACAUCAGGGCCAACAUCCUGUCCAGCAACCUGGGAACCCUGGCAAUCCCGUCGAAAGUGAGGAUCGAGCCCUCGAGAGAUUUCAAAAGUUCUCUCCACCAAAAUUCCUGGGAGGGCCAGAUCCGGACAUGGCCGAAAGGUGGUUGGAGAAAAUGAUAGACAUCUUUGCUGCCCUACACUAUUCAGAGGAAAGACAGGUUACUUUUGCUAUCUUCCAGUUGGAAGGGGCCGCCUGUUCUUGGUGGAACGUGAUACGACUGAAGUGGGAACUGGAGCAAACCCCAAGAACAUGGGUGAACUUCAUGAGGGAGUUCAACGCGAAAAACUUUCCACCUCUAGUCCAGGAAAAGAAGGAGGACGAGUUCUUUAGGCUCCGUCAGGGGACUCAAACGGUGGCUGAGUACGAGAGCCAGUUUACUAGAUUAUCCAUGUUCGCCCCUGAACUCAUUCUGACAGAGCAAAUGAGAGUUCGGCGUUUUAUUCAGGGUCUCAAUGUAAAAAUUCAAAAGGAUCUGGCAGUAGCCCAGAUCAAUACCUUUAGUGAAGCGGUGGAGAAAGAUUUACGAGUUGAAAAUGCAAGGCUUCAAAUUAGGAACUUCCAGGUGAAUAAACGGGGAUUUUCUGCGAGUAGUUUGACUCAAGGGGAUAAAAGUACCCCUCCCAAAUUUGGAAGGGGAGCUGGAGGAGGAAGUCUACCAGGAAUGUCACAAGGAACUCCGCCUAGAGGUGGUCAAACUGGACGAGGCCAACAGAGAAGUGUCUCACAGGGGAGCUCAGCUGCGGUUUCUCGUGGUCCUUGUGGAUUUUGUGGGAAACCAAACCACACCGAGGACAACUGUUGGAGGAAGGAAAGAAAUUGCUUACGUUGUGGGAGUGCGGAGCAUCAAAUAGCCAACUGUCCGGUGUUACCUCGGGAGGCGAGAGUAACUACCCAAUCAUCGAAAGCCAACUCGAGGCAGUCCAAGGUGGAAGGGACAAAGCCGAAGGUGCCAGCUCGGGUGUAUUCCCUUGAGCCACAUCAAGUUCCGGAUUCCUCAGAGGUGGUUGAAGGUACGAUUCCUGUCUUCUGCCGUCCCGCUAGGAUUUUGAUAGACCCCGAUGCUACCCAUUCCUUCGUUAACCCCGAAUUCAUGUGUGGAAAUGAUAUACAACCUGUUAGUCUGCCUUAUGAUUUGGAAGUUAGUACUCCUAUGGGGGAUAAAUGUUUGAUCACUAGUAUGAUGUAUGUAAACUGUGAAAUCUGGGUAGGAGAGAGGAAGUUAUUGGGAAAUCUUAUAAGCUUAGCCAUCAAGGGGUACGACGUUAUAUUGGGUAUGGACUGGUUAGGUAAGUGUAGUGCCCAACUUGACUGUAAAAGGAAAGUGGUAGAAUUUCGUAUACCUGGGGAGACAACUUUAAGGCUAGACGUAAGGGGUAGUUUAGCCUCAUCUGCACUAAUUUCGGGUAUUCGGGUUAGGAAACUUUUGAGUAGAGGGGCACAAGAGUUCCUAGUUUUUCUUAUAAACACUCCCACUGAUAAGUUGAAGGUAGAGAAUGUACCAGUAGUGGGUGAAUAUCCGGAUGUAUUCCCUAAUGAAUUAGUAACUUUACCUCCGGAGAGAGAGAUAGAAUUCAAAAUUGACCUGUUACCGAGGACAUCACCUAUCUCUAAGACCUCCUAUCGAAUGGCACCUGCUAAACUCAAGGAAUUGAAGUUGCAGUUGCAAGACCUAUUGGAGCGAGGGUUUAUUCGUGAGAGCGGGGUCUCCUUGGGGGGCACCUGUGCUCUUUGUUAA